AGUCACUUAAGCCUUUUUGCCUCAUUUCUUCAUCUGUAAUAUGAACCGGAACAACUACAAAUAUGGUAAAUAUGGAUUAUCAUUAUGAAUACUGAUUUUUGUAUAGGACUGUGAUGGGGGUAGCAAAGUAUGGUUAUUAGAUUUUUAUAUAGAUUCUGAACUACGAAAAUUUAUUAUAACGUAACAGCUUUUCUAGAACAGUCUUUACUUCCAAGAUUCAUUGUCUUAAUCAGUCCUCAUUUCAUUUACUUUUAAGUUUCAACUCAGAAGACAUUCCAUGUUAGUAAGCAGAUAUUGAAGCAAGAACAUGAUGUCCAACAAGAAAGGGCCAUGUGCAUUAGGAUUAUGCCUUUCCAUUUGAUUUGGAUAAUGCCUGCCUUAAUAUGUUAAUCAUGUUAGUAAGGAACUAUUCAAAUGUUAGCUUUGCUUAUUCAUAAGGAAACAAAAAGUGUUGAGUAUAUAAUUGUGAUCACCUAGUAGACUAUUGUAGGAGAAUGACUUGAGAAAGAUUAAAACUUGUGUAAUGUACUUAGAUAAUUUUUUUUGGAUAUACAUUUUAAUGGGUGAGGAAGGGAGGGAAUAGUUCAGAUUCUGUAGGCAAAUAUUUUGCUUCUGUGACCUAGCUUCUAUAAAUAUCCCAGACUAAAGGGGUGUAAUAUAUAAUGCUCACAUAGCAUUCACAUUUGUGUGUGAUGGAUGCCUUUUUUGUCCACAUUUAGGGGAUCUGGAAUCUUGUCUCAGAGUGCUCUGGAGGGUGUUAAAUGUUGUCUCUUCUCCACAAGCCCAAGCUCCUCCAUUAGCAGGAUCCCCGGAGGAUCAGCAGUGUGGACAAAAUCUCAUUCUGCUUUCUGGACUGAGGACAAGGGGGGUGGGGUGGGGGCUCUUCCUCCGCUUGUCUGUGUCUUUCCCCUUCCCCCAGAGAAGGCGAGCAAGGGGAGGAGCCCUGUUCUGAGCACACUUGGGAGUCUUGACUUGAGUGCUUUUCCACUUCCUGUGGCAGUCAUUCAACUCCGGGCCAUCUCAGCUUGCCUGUGGGUUGGAUAAACUGGGAACUACCUUCUCCAGGGAGAGUUUUCAGACUGAUCUCAGCACCAGGCGUGAGACUGGCCUCAAGGAAAGCUCUGUGUGGCCUCUGAAGACAAGAUCCUUUUCAAAUUGUCUUUAGUGCUCGUGUCUGUGGCUUAGCUGGGGCUGUCAUGACGCUACUGGAGCCCGACAUGCUAAUGACUGCCGUGCGCUCAGUGCUCCAGUUGAAGCUUCAGCAACGACGGACCCGGGAGGAGCUGGUGAGCCAAGGGAUCAUGCCGCCUCUGAAAAGUCCAGCUGCAUUUCAUGAGCAGAGAAGGAGCUUGGAGCGGGCCCGGACAGAAGAUUACUUGAAACGGAAGAUCCGCUCGCGGCCAGAGAGAUCCGAGCUUGUCAGGAUGCACAUUUUGGAAGAGACCUCGGCCGAACCUUCCCUCCAAGCCAAGCAGCUGAAGCUGAAGAGAGCCAGGCUGGCCGAUGACCUCAACGAGAAGAUCGCCCAGAGGCCAGGCCCCAUGGAGCUGGUAGAGAAGAACAUCCUCCCGGUGGAGUCUAGCCUGAAGGAGGCCAUCAUCGUGGGACAGGUCAAUUAUCCCAAAGUGGCGGACAGCUCUUCUUUUGAUGAGGACAGCAGUGACGCCCUGUCCCCCGAGCAGCCGGCCAGCCACGAGUCCCAGGGGUCAGCCCCAUCUCCGCUGGAGGGCCGAGGUGGCGAGCCCCCGGCCACCUCGACUCCUGUGCCCCCCGCCCAGGUGGUGUCCCAGCUCCAGGUGUGCCCUGACUCCAGUGAACCUGCUUUCCUGGCAGAGCAGCUGUCUCCUCUGCCAGCUGCACCUCUGCUGCCACCCGGCCUCCCCAAUGGAGGAGCUGCUCCCGCUGCCAAGCCCACCCCAACCCUCAUCAAGCAAAGCCAGCCCAAAGCCCCAGGGGAGAAGCCGCCGCGCAGCAAGAAGGCAAAGGAGCUGAAGCCCAAGGUGAAGAAGCUCAAGUAUCACCAGUACAUCCCCCCCGACCAGAAGCAGGACAAGGGGGCGCCUCCCAUGGACUCGUCCUACGCCAAGAUCCUGCAGCAGCAGCAGCUGUUCCUCCAGCUGCAGAUCCUCAACCAGCAGCAGCAGCACUACAACUAUCAGACCAUCCUGCCGGCCCCACCCAAGCCUGUGGGGGAGCCCCAGGGUAGUGGCAGCCCGGCCUCCCUGCGCACCCUCCCCUCUGCCCUGGGCACCUCGGUCUCCAGCCCUCCCGGCGGCCUCGUGCGCCAGAGCCCUGGGACUGGCAAGCUGGGCCCGCUGCCCUCCAACCUGGAUGACAUGAAGGUGGCAGAGCUGAAGCAGGAGUUGAAGCUGAGGGCGCUGCCCGUCUCGGGCACCAAGACAGACCUGAUCGAGCGCCUCCGGGCCUACCAGGAGCACGCCGGGGUCCCUGGCCCCGCCGCCGGAGCCCCCAAGCCGGGGGCCACCCCGAUCCUUGCCAAGGCUGGGGACGUGGUGGUGGCCUUCCCCGCGGCCCGGCUCAGCGCGGGGCCGGCCCUGAUGGCCGCGGGCCUGGCACCCACCGAGGUCGUCGUGGCCACCGUGACCGGCAACGGGAUGGUCAAGUUCGGCAGCACAGGCUCCACACCCCCGGUGUCUCCCACGCCCUCGGAACGCUCCCUGCUCAGCGCCGGGGACGAGACCUCCACGGGCGGCGGCGAUGCCUUCGGCGAGAUGGUGACCUCGCCCCUGACGCAGCUGACCCUGCAGGCGUCCCCAGUGCAGAUCCUGGUGAAGGAGGAGAGCCCAGUGGGCCGGGCCGAGCGCGGGGGCCGGGACCUCGAGAGCCGCGACAAGGACCAGAUGCUGCAGGAGAAGGACAAGCAGAUCGAGGAGCUGACGCGCAUGCUGCAGCAGAAGCAGCAGCUGGUGGAGAUGCUGAGGCUGCAGCUGGAGCAGGAGAAGCGGGCGCAGCAGGCCACCCCCCGCCUGGCCCGCGUCAAGCAGGAGGACGGCUUUUCCAGCUGCCAGCUCUCCGGCCCGGCCCGGAGCCCCGCCGAGCCCCUGGAGGCCAGCCCCGCUCCCCUGGUGAUGGUGAAGCAGGAGGCGGGACCCGAGGAGGAGCCCCCCAGCUGCCUCCUGGCGCCGGACCUGAGCGGCCUCCUCCCGGGGCCUGCCCCGGCGCUCAUCACAGAGGCUGCAGGGACCCACAUCGUCCUUGCUGUGGCCAAGCAGGACGCGGAGGACUCGGCCAGUGAUGAGCAUGGGAAAAAUGGUGGCAGUCAGAGCCCCCCUCAGGGUUUGCCCAGUCCGGGGGCUUCCCCGCUUCUGCCCUUCUCGGUUCCCCCCGGCCUGCAGGCCUUCUUUCCCAAUGGCUUCCACAAGACGACCUUGAAAUCUGGCGUGGCGCCCCCUCCCAGUCUGCCCAAGAAGCCCCCCUCGGAGCCCGCCUCCCCUGUGGCCCACCAGACCUCCCAGAUGGACCUGGACCGGCAGCCCCAGGCCCUGUUUGAGGCAGCUCCCAGGGUCAGCCCGCUGCCCACCCUGGUGAAGAAGGAGCCCCCCGGCUAUGAAGAGGCCGUGAAGCGGCAGCCCAAGCCCCAGGAGGAAAACGGUUCCUCGAGCCAGCAGAUGGAUGAUCUCUUUGACAUCCUUAUCCAGAGUGGAGAGAUCUCAGCUGACUUCAAGGAUCCCUCGGCCUCCCCCGGGAAGGAGCCCGGCCCGGCCCUGCCGUGCCCUUCGCCUGCCACCCCCCAGCCACCUCCAGAGCUGCCCCUACCCCUGGGCGCCAGCCCUGCCUCCGGCCGCCUGGAAGACUUCCUGGAGAGCAGCACGGGGCUGCCCCUGCUGACAGGGGGCCCAGAGGGCCCCGAGCCCCUGUCCCUCAUUGAUGACCUCCACAGCCAGAUGCUGAGCAGCUCGGCCAUCCUGGACCAUCCACCUUCCCCCAUGGACACUUCGGAAUUGCACUUUGCCCACGAGCCCGGCACGGGCCUGGGCCUGGACUUGGCUGAGGGCCACCUGGACAGCAUGGACUGGCUGGAACUGUCCGGGGGGCCCGUCCUCAGCCUGGCGCCCCCUGGCAACACAGCCCCCAGCCUCUUCUCCACAGACUUCCUGGAUGGCCACGACCUGCACCUGCACUGGGACUCCUGCUUGUAGCCUCCGGUGGCCAGCCGCCGCCACCUCCCUCUGGGCCCCUUUUCUGGCCAUCCAGGGGAGGAGUCUGGGACCACAGUUGGGGGCCUCCCCUGGCCGGUUGCUCUAAAAUUGGCUGAGCUGGGGGCUUUCCCGGGUGGCCUUGGGCCAGGCUGGGGAAGUUGCUAUUUGGCCUCCAUUUUUGAGGCCCGAGGUGCCAUGCUUUCUUGUUCAGGGCAGGACUGGGAGGGGCUUAGACCCACCCCCCAGCUCCUGACCCUCAGUCCUCAGGGAGGAAACCCCUGGGCCCCCGCCUUGCGGGCCGUCCCGGUGCAGCGGUUGUACGCACGAGACGCGUUCUGUACAGGUGUAAAUAGCUCCAUAUUAUAUAUAUAUAUAUAUAUAUAUAUAUAUAUAUAUAUUCUCUACAUGCAUCUCUCUCUUUCUGGGGAGAGGCGGCCCAGGCUCCGGCUCACUUCCCCACCAGGCAUUGGCGCUGGGGGUGUCCCAGGUAGCCCUUCCCUGAGCCUCAUGCCUUUAGGUCCUAAUGGGUGCCAUGUGGGCAGAGGGGCUGCGUGGCAGCCCAGUGCCUGGGUCUUCUGGCCACUGGCCCGGUGGUGGUAAACACUAGAAGGGCAGAGUCCUGGGUGCCCCCCAUGCUGGACCCUCGGGUUAUGCUUGGAGCAGCUGGGAGGGCAGGGGCUUCAUGUUUUUUUAUAAACAAACACACACACACACACACACACACACUAGCGCUUUAAGGUGACGUCCUACCUCAAGGCACCUCCUGGGGGGGGGAAGGAGAGGAGGGGUCGCGGCUCCCCCCACCCCCCACGGAAGGCGGCCCGAGCCCAAGGCCUGCGCGGGGUUUUAAAGAAGUGCGCGCUUUCACAAUAUGCUGUUUAUUUAUAAACCAAAAUAAAGGUCCUGUCACUGUU